UAUUGCUACAGUAUAUGCUGAGGUGGAUUGCAUAAUAAAAAUUGUACAAAUUCUAAAGUCUUAAAAGCAAGUCAAAUUAAACCAUGGAGCCAGGCCUCAAUAAGACGCGUCAAGCAAUGGACGAAGUUGCCAAUGAAGUCAUCUCAGGGGAAAUGUAUGACACAUUAAAGCAUUUCUGUUUUAUAAAGAUUACAGAUGAACUAAUUAAUAGAGCGUUUAGAAAGGCAGGCUACUCACAUCAAAUUUACACUGUUGGAAGUAAUAGUGAAGGCAUUCCUUAUUCAGCCAUGAAUGAUGAGGAUAUGAUGAUAUAUAACGGAGCAUUCCCAAUAGUAUGGUGGAAAUCCCAGGAAAAAGACAGAGAGGCAGUUGUAAUGGCUGAGCAAGAUUCAAAUAUACCUCCUGUGUAUUUGAGGCUAAAGGUACUAGACAAAGGGUGUCUUGAUAAGGACUUCAAAAGUAUCAUUGAUAAAGACGGAUAUUUGAACGCCACUGAUUUCAUAAAAUUGCAUGCAACUUACAUGAAUUUAAACUAUACUGAUGAAAUGAGACAAGGUCCUUCAAUAUCAAUUAACGCAAUACCAAAAUGUGUGGAUGUUAUAAACAAGCAUGACAGCGUAUACUGCCUAAAAUGUCAAUCAUGGCCACCUUUUAUUAGUGAUUUUUUUUUUAUUAGAAAGAGGCUGAACAACUGGCCAGCCCAGAAGUUGUUAGAUAAGGUCAAAUGUCUAGAAUGUCAUGUAGUUCCUGUUGGAUACCCAGGCAGCGAGUCAUUUGAUGUUGAAUGGAGGUUGUCAUUUUCCGUAGCUGAGAAACAGCUUGUUAUUGAAAUGUAUGAACCAUACAAUAAAUGCAUGUUUGCCCUGAAAUCAAUCAAGAAAAAGUACAUAAUAUACAGUGACUCUGAUAAGCCAACACCAUUUAGCUCCUAUUUCAUAAAGACUGCCUGCUUGUGGAUGUGUGAAACAUUUCCAUAUAGAGAUUACAGUCUCAUGGAUUUAAUUAGGGAAACUCUAGAUUGGCUUAUCGACGGCUAUAAAAGCAAACAUCUGCCUCACUAUUUUAUUCCCCAACACAAUUUGAUUGGUCAUCUCUCUAUGGAAUGUUGUGACAAUGUAAGAGAAACAUUGACAGCAGUUAAAAGAACACUUUGGAGUAUGGUGUUAUUAAGUGCUAGUGAUGAUCAUUUUACAUUUAACUCUGUGUGUGACAAACUCAAGGUAACUAGAGAAAACAAUGCUGAUUACAAUGCAAUAGAAACCAAAAUCUUGAAUCACCCAAAAGCUACAGCGGUCUUUGAAGAAAGAGUUAAAGAUUUACGCCACAAUUACAGUUUACAAAAUUUUUCAAACAUGUCAAUAUGGGGCGACCACAGCUUUACUCAUUUACCUAUAUUGGUUGCGAGCCAAAUGCAGCCUGAGUGUGGUUUAGGUAUUCUAGAAGACAUCGUAUUGCCAAUUGUAGACCUAUGUCAAAUUGAAGAGAUAGUGCCAGAGGGAUUUGUAGAAAUGUUCAAGACAUGUUUGUAUAGAUAUUUAGGCGAUGCUGUUACUCAUUUAUUGGUAAGCUUUAUAAACAGAGGUUAUGAAACAGCUGUAUCUUCGUACAUGAAUGAUCCUUUGCAUUACUAUGACUUAGGAUAUGAAAUUAUCUUCCCUGGUAGGUACAGUGACUAUGGCAUAGUUGGUGAGGUUCUUGAAGUACAAUACCAUUAUUUAAUGGGUAACUACGAAGGUUUGAAGAAGAUGUGUGAGUCUAUUCUUACUACAGUUACAGAAAACAAAAACUAUGUGCUCUCUAGUCUUAAAUUCGAACAAAAACAUUUUGAAUCAAACGUUUGUGCCUGGGAAGUUGAUGAACUUUUGCAUCAUCUUGUCAUUUGUUGCCAUAAAAUGCAUAUUUACGUAUCACCAAUUGCACUGGUUUAUUAUAUAAAAGCCAGAGUAUUACUUAAAGAGGGGGACACAGACAAUGUACUGACUCUUGUGAAAAAGAUGAAGAUCAUAUAUAAAGAAUUUAAUGAUCCUCCUGCUUAUCUUGAGUCCAUGAACAUGUUUAUAAAUAUCAUUGAAAGUCUACUAGGCCUUCUUGGUGUAAUGAGAAGGAUAUUUACUUUUCAAAAUGAGAAUAGCUUGUAAUAGAGAAAACAUUAAUUAAAUUAAUCGAUGCAUGCUGUUGCCCUUCCCUUUACCACAAUUUUCAGCAAUUAUCAAAAUAGACAGCCGAAUCUGUAGUUAGUUUUCCUGCAAUUGUCAAUAAAAAUCACAUAGGCCUACCUAUAGUAUGGUAUUAAGGGUAUGUUCACACACACAGCGUUAGUUAACGCCACGGAGCUAACGCCAGUGAUGCUUGAAUAAUUUGACCUCAUUUCAAGAGACUGACCAAUCACGUAAGAUUGCACUAUAAAUGAAAUGGUAAAGUGGUUCUUUUUAUCUAUUGCAUUUUACUUAGUUUACAAUGUAUAUAUGAUUUGUUGAUUGUGUUUUGUAAGAUAUUUUAACCUAUUUAGACACGUCUAUUUAAACCUGCAACACCGACAAUUGUUCCACAAUGCUAGCUGAAAAAUCAGAAGUAAAAAUGUUCAUUUAAAAUACAAUAAUCAUAUGAGUUCACUUCGAACAAUUCACAGAUUUAAAAGUGUUAAUGAUGCACUGUAAAUAUUUUUCUACAGUUAAGAACCCGUACAUUAUUUAAAACUAUUCCCCAUAGACCUAUAUUACUACUAGUUUAACGCCAGCGUUAAUAUAGCAAACGACGUUUGCAUGAACACUUUGGAAUCAUAAUCCGUGGAUUAGCUUACGCUAGCGUAGGCUACGCUAGUUUUUACGCCAUGUGUGAACUUACCCUUAGUAUAGCUGACCUUGCAUGGGCAAUAAAUUACGGAAGCUAUGAUUAUAAUUCAAUUAAAAUAGCAAUUACCAUAGAUAGGCCUUAAAGAGCAAUUACCAUAGAUAGGCCUGAAUAUGUCCCAAAUGAUGGUUAGAAAUCAGGAAAAUUGGUAAAGGCAUGGAAGUAUAAAAAUAGUUGUCUAUUUUUAUACCUCCAUGGUAGGCCUACGGGUAGAAACACCUCAUGGAACAAUAUCCAUAAUCGAUGAACACAUCACAAUGAUUUGCACAACAGGUUGUACAGUAAUGUUCAACAAGAAAUGAAAACAAAAAUUAGAUAACAAUUGUGAUGACUUAUUUUUUAACCAAACAUAAUUUUAGACUUCCAAUUAUAAAAUGUGCUAGCAGCUGUGUCUAUAUCUCUACCACGAAAUUGACAUCCAAUAAUUACUGUAAUAAAUAACUUGCAAGUCCUUUUUGUGUUAAAAUCAUAAAUUGUAUCAUAGGUUCCAUUAUUUUCAAUGGCAUUUAUUUUAUACUUGUAUCGAUAGUUUGUCUUUUUUUAAACUCAUAUUUGCUAAUGUUAAAUUGUUGAUAUAGGUUGACAAUUUUUUUUUAAAUUUCAUUUUACAGGUAUUUCUCCUUUUCUUAUAAUUUAAAUCUAAUUUAAUUUCUAUUAUUGAUUUUUAAUGAUUUUUAAAAAAUUAUUUAAACAGCUUUA